UGCGCGCUCACUGUUGCAGCCGCCCCCGGUCUCCUCGCGCUGGCUGGGCUCGCUCUUGCCUGCCUGCCUUCCUGCUUUUCUCCGCUUGGAUUAUUUUUUUCACUCGCACAAAGCCCAGCUCCGCAAUGACAGUCAAAGCCGAGGCCUCCGGACCUACGUUAACUUACUCAAAGAUGAGGGGCAUGAUGGCCAUCCUCAUCGCUUUCAUGAAACAGAGAAGAAUGGGGCUGAACGAUUUCAUUCAGAAAAUAGCCACCAAUUCCUAUGCCUGCAAGCACCCUGAAGUUCAGUCUAUUUUGAAAAUCUCCCAGCCUCAAGAGCCUGAGUUGAUGAAUGCUAAUCCUUCCCCUCCGCCCAGUCCCUCGCAGCAGAUCAAUCUUGGUCCAUCAUCCAACCCGCAUGCUAAACCAUCAGACUUUCAUUUCUUAAAAGUGAUUGGAAAAGGCAGUUUUGGAAAGGUUCUCCUCGCACGGCAUAAAGCAGAAGAACAAUUCUAUGCUGUUAAAGUACUACAAAAGAAAGCAAUCCUAAAAAAGAAAGAGGAGAAACACAUAAUGUCAGAGCGCAAUGUCCUGUUGAAAAAUGUGAAACACCCCUUCUUGGUUGGACUCCACUUUUCUUUCCAGACUGCAGACAAAUUGUACUUUGUCUUAGACUACAUCAAUGGUGGAGAGUUGUUCUACCAUCUCCAGAGGGAGCGUUGCUUCCUGGAACCAAGAGCUCGUUUUUAUGCUGCUGAAAUAGCUAGUGCACUGGGAUACUUGCACUCUCUGAACAUAGUUUAUCGGGACUUGAAACCAGAGAAUAUUCUUCUAGAUUCUCAGGGGCAUAUUGUCUUGACUGACUUUGGACUCUGCAAAGAGAACAUAGAACACAAUGGCACAACCUCCACCUUUUGUGGCACACCAGAGUACCUUGCUCCUGAAGUUCUUCAUAAGCAGCCCUAUGACAGGACUGUUGACUGGUGGUGCCUUGGAGCAGUUUUGUACGAGAUGCUUUAUGGACUGCCCCCUUUCUACAGCAGGAACACAGCAGAAAUGUACGAUAAUAUCUUGAACAAACCCCUGCAGUUGAAACCAAAUAUUACCAACUCUGCUAGGCACCUUCUGGAAGGUCUUUUGCAAAAAGACAGGACAAAGCGCCUUGGUGCCAAGGAGGACUUUACGGAGAUUAAGAAUCACAUCUUCUUCUCCCCAAUUAACUGGGAUGAUCUCAUUAAUAAAAAGAUUACACCCCCUUUUAACCCAAAUGUGAGUGGCCCCAGUGAUCUGCGACACUUUGAUCCUGAGUUUACAGAUGAGCCAGUCCCCAACUCCAUUGGUCAGUCUCCAGACAGCAUCCUUAUUACUGCCAGCGUCAAGGAAGCUGCAGAAGCUUUUCUGGGCUUCUCUUAUGCUCCACCCAUGGAUUCUUUCCUGUGAACUUCAUUUCCCCUUUUUUUGUUUUUAAUUAUUAUGUUGGCCGUCUGGUUGAACAGCCAGUUGACCCAUCAUCUUGAAACAGAAUUUGCACAUCUCCACCAUGGCAGCUUUGCAGCCUUAAUUUUCAACUACACUGUUUGCUGGAAGCUUUUUUUGAAGAGCACAUAACUCUCUAAAUGAGCUUACAGGCUUUUUCACUCUUAUUCGUUCUUCCCCCAAAGUGGUGCUAUCUCCUUGGGAAAGAAGGAAAAAGUAUCUGCUGCCAGAGACUGCUACGGUAGAUUGUAGGAAUAAUAAUGUGCUGUUUUGAAAAUAAUGUUCCAAAAAGCCUUGCCUGAAGGUGUAUCUGGAUGUGAUUAAGGAUUUUAUGAAACGUGCCUUUUUCUGAUGCGAUCUUGUUAGCUCCAAAGCUUUACCUGUUGCAAAGUGUUUCUCGAUUCCUUUCUGUGGGUUUACUAUGUGAACAAAUGGUAUGAGUGUGGUAUGAAUACUACAGAUGGACUUAGUUUAAAGCAUCAAUGUGACACUUGCAGGAUACUACAAUGUGGGGCAUUGUUCGUUUCUUCCAUAUUUGGAAGAUAAAUUAAGUGUAGAUUUUGAAAUUUUUUUUGUAAACUAUACAGUCGAUUUAAAAUUAUUGAAAUGGGCUCACAGUGACUUGUAUCCAAAUGCUUGAAGAGAGCAUUGCUGCUAUGAGAGAAGAUUUCUAUUUUUAGAAAGGGUUUUUAUGGACCAAAAUGCCCCAGCUGCAGUCGGUCAAAGCUGUUGGUUUGUUUCAUUUUUUUUUUUUCUCUUCCUUUUUUCAUUUUAAGUUUUUUAAAUGACAUCAUCUGUAAAAUGGGCAUUAUUUAUGUGGGGGGGUUGCAUUCCUGAUUGUAUGUAUUGUAAAAAGUUCUGUACAUUCAGUUGUAACUCUAGAUGUAUAUUUAAACUUGCAGGCUUACUUGCAAUGUAAUGUAUACCAUCAUUGUAAUGUAAUUAACAUGGUUAUAAUAUGUACCAUUUUUUUGUGACCAAACCCAUUGGUUUGCAGUAAAAUCCAGGGGGG